AUGAAAGAACUAGCGAAGCAUGUUUUUGAGGCAUCUAGAAUUGCAGCUACUGCUAGCACAACAAAACUUGAAUUUUUGAGGAAAUUGGGAGCAGACUUGGCAACUGAUUAUACAAAGGAGAAUUAUGAAGAAAUUACUGAAAAGUUUGAUGUGGUGUAUGAUGCAGUAGGUGAUAGUGAGAGGGCACUGAAGGCUGUAAAUGAAGGAGGAAAAUUUUUGACAAUACUACCACCUGGAACUCCACCAGCUAUCCCUUUUGCACUCACUUCAGAUGGAGCUGUGUUAGAGAAAUUGAAACCUUACUUGGAAAAUGGCAAAGUGAAACCAAUAUUGGACUCUAAGAGUCCCUUUCCAUUUUCUCAUACUUUGGAAGCAUUUACCCAUCUUAAUACAAAUAGAGCUAUUGGCACUAGUACAAAAAACCCUUUUUAA